CUCUGGCCGCUGCCGCCGCGAGGCCCCGACAGGUUACAUCUUUUCAAGGUGUGGCUAUUCGCAGCCUCAGUACAUCCUCCCCUCAUGAUCACCCAGAACAUGGAAGAUUAGUUUAUAAAGGAAAUUUGGCAAAGGCAGUGUUGGGUGUGAAGUUUUUCUCUUACUCCACCAGCAUAUUCAACCUGUUCAUGAUGCCCUACAUCAUGCUGAAAAGUGGUAUUGGAGUGGAAAGUCUGCUUGUCCAAGCUGCCUUUUAUGGGUUGAUUGGGAUUUUUACAUUUGUAACUCCGGUUACUUUGCAUAUCCUUACAAAAGGUUAUGUGAUCCGGCUCUAUUAUAAAGAUGAAGUGGACACCUACACAGCCAUUACCUACAAUGCCAUCUUGGCAGAAAAAGUGACUGUUUUCCAUCAGAAAGAUGUAAAGAUUCCAGAUAUCACCAAGAUGUUUACAACAUUUUAUGCUAAAACAAAAUCAAUGCUUGUUAAUCCUACGCUUUUCCCAAAUCCUCAGGAUUAUAACCAUCUCAUGGGCUAUGACAAAUCCUCAUUUUUUAAAUUUGAGGAUUUAGAGGAGGUAAAGGAAGCUGAUGAAAGGAAAUAAUUUGAAGAUAAUAUCAGUAUCAUUGUCCAUAAUGCAGUACUAUAUAUGUGAAAGAAUGUAAAAAUCUAUUACACUUGCUAAGUAUCACAUAGCUGGCGUUUUCCAUAUGCGUUUUGGAAUGUAUAAAAAGAGACACUUUUUAAAAAAUAUUACAAGCAGUGUGAGGAUUCUUUAGUAUUAAUGACAUAAAAUGCAGUAAAAAGAGGAGAUGCUUAGUCCUGUCUUUUGCUUGAUUAUUCUUGGUUUGAUUUUUGUUGUUAGUUCUCCAAAGAACUGUAAAACACAUGAGCUGUAUGGCAGUCUCACCAUCUCCAUGUCAAAAUAAGCCAGUCAUGAUAGACAAGUCAUCAACACUCAUUACCUGUCAAGUAUGUAGUUAAGAUGUUAAGCCUUAAAUAUUAAUUGUACUUAAUCUAAAAAUACUGGGAUUUUGUCACUGCUGGUGAUGGUAUAAAGGGAGUGAACGUGGCUUUCCCCCUUCCUUUUGUGAGACCAUCAGUAGCCAGGAGCAGUCUCUGGAAAGCAGACAGGUAUUAUUGUGAGUUCCUGCUACAACCUCCUCCCAGAGGAGAGAAGAAUAUGGGGAGAAUGGCUGUAUAUAUAUAUAGAGCAGGAAGUUCUGGCCAGUUAAAGCUACUCUCAGGUUUCUUAAACUAAAGUCCCAUUCCAAGCAACCCUGUCCCCAAAGGUGGAGACCAAGAAUCCUUUCUUCUUGGGCAUGGGAAAGCACCAUGGCAUAAAGUUUGCUCUGUGAGCAUCCCAUUGACAAGAAAUGCUGUAUUUGAAUCAACAAAGAAAAUUCUAGCAGCUAAUGGCUAAAAUGCAUUCUGUCAAUUUUUAUGUAAGGUGGGGAAGCAAUUAUGCCUUUAAAGAACAUACCUCUUGAAUUUAAGCACUGUGAAGAAAGCCACCUUUCACUCGACUAAAAAGGGGAUCCAGUCUUUUUGUGGUACUAAACUGCCUCAAGUGUGUAGAGGUUGGAUUUAAAUUUUUUAGCCCAAGGCACAUAAACUGACAGAUACUUGUUUUUGAAGAAUGAAGUGCCUAAAUAAUUUGAGACAUAAAAAUUACUGAAUUGAAAAAAAAAGCAAAAUUAAAAUUAAUCCUUUUGUGUUAGCAGUACCCUUUGUAAUAAGAAAAUCUGAUGCUUGCUGCUAGUCAUCCUGAUCCUGCAAAUAAAAAAAAUGUAGCUAACUUUCAAGCUGUUUCCUAGAUUGUAGCUAAAAAGCUGUAUUUAAAAGUCAAAAUGUCUUCCAAUACUAUUAUUUCAAUUUCUUCUUGUAGGAUGACACCACAGAUGAUACUAAACCAGCAUUUUGAAUGUUCUUGUUCUGACUGUCCUCAAUGUACUUAUGGUUAGUAAUUAAAAAGCAAAUUGUCCCAUCCCAAUAUUUUUGAGGCAGUUUUUUUGUAUUGGCACAACUGUAAUUUUAAAAGCCUGAUAGAGUCUCAAUAAGCCAGUGUCAUUCCAUGGGUAGGAAAUUUUUCAUAAAAUUAUACUGAACAUUUGAGGUUCAAAUUAUAUUGAACAAGCAGUUCUGGUCACCUGGUUGUGCUGCUUGUCCUCAUUGAAAUUAUGUUUUGCACCUAGUUAUAAGUAAUCUUCCCAUGCCUGACACAUUCACUCCUUUUGGUGCUUGCAUUGAAAAUGGAAUUGGCUUGAUCUUCCUGUGACAAAUUUGGGGAGAACAGGAAAUAGAGUUUGCUGGAGAAGGUAAAGGAAACGCCUGCGAAUUAUUUAUGUACUCCAUAGGCAAUAUCAAAAUCCUCAUCUUUUUCUUCUGACUGCAAAUAGUUUUCAUUUCUAAAUUUGAGAUUUGAACAAUUCAGAAUUAAGCAGCAAGAGUAAGAUAUCUCCAUGCCAGUGGCUAUCUAUGUCUUAUAUCUAUGGAAGAUAAAUAUUAUUUCUUCUAGUAGUGAAAAGCAAGUGAAGCUGGUAGGUGGCUUUCUGACACACAGAUGAUUAAAAAUAAUAAUAAAGAAUAAAGAAUUCUACCAGAAGGUAGGUGAUAAUUCUGCUUGGGAUGUAAUUUUAGAAAAAAUAUUGAAUACUUCCAGUGUGCAACUUGAAAAUAAUGGGAUAGUGCUUUUAUAUUAGGAAAAGCGAAGACCAGACUUACUGAAGAGACUCUAUUCCACCUGCUUCUGCUUUGUUAGCUGCUACACUUAAAUUUUGUACUUGGAAUUGUAGGACCAUUUUGGUUGAAAAAGACCUCCAAGAUCAUUGGCUCCAACCAUUAACCCAGCACAGCCAAGUCCACCACUAAACCAUGUCCUUAAGUGCCACAUUUAUGUAUCUUUUAAAUACCUUCUGGCAUGAGGACUGGCACUUCACCAGGGAGCCUGUGCCAAUGCUUGACAGCCCUUGCAAUGAAGAAGUCUUUCCUAAUAUCCAGGCUAAACAUGCCCUGGUGCAACUUGACGCUGUUUCUUCUUGUCCUAUUGCUUAUUACUGGGCAGAAGAGACAGAUCCCCACCUUGCUGCAACCUGCUUUCACGUUGUAGAGAAUGAUAAGAUCACCCCUGAGCCUCCUUUUCUCCAGACUGAACAACCCCGGUUCCCCGAGCUGUUCCACCUAAGACAUGUGCUCCAGACCCUUCAGCAGCUUCACUGCCCUUCUCUGGACAUACUCAACACCUCAAUGUCCUUUGCGUGGUGAGGGGCCCAAAAAUGAACCAGGAUUUGAGUACACUUUCACAUGUGUGACUGGUUUGGAUCCCUGGAAUUGUUGAGAGCAGUUAUUCACAUUAGAAUCAAAAUAAAGGAAGGGAAUUGUAAUCCAAAAAGA